AAACAUGAGAUUCUCUGCUUGUCUCGCAUUGUUAUUUACUCUGCUUUUUAAUACGUGCCAGGGAGCACCCCAGGCCCGUAUUGUGGGUGGUGACGAUGCCGUGUUGGGCCAGUUCCCCUACCAGGCAUCGCUGUCCAUUGGAGGGUCCUACAAUUGUGGGGCAGUUAUUAUAGCCGAGCGAUAUGCCCUGACUGCCUUAGGUUGUGUUUGCUCAAAGGGCAGUGACAAACCUUGGCCACCACAGCUGUUCCAGGUAGCAGCGGGAACUGUGGACCUUUACACUGGCGGCCAGCGAAUUACUGUCGAGGAAAUUCUUGUGAAUCCCAACUAUAUUGAACUGGAAAUCGGAGUGGCGCUAUUGCGACUUCGUGAGCCCAUGGUCUUCAACGAGUAUGUAAAUGCCGUGCCUUUAGCCCGUCAGAAUCCACCGGAGGGCGUGACCAUUGAAGUUUCCGGCUGGGGUCGUCAGAAGGACACUGAUGAGAAUAUGUACCGCACGUUGCAGUUGAACGAUGAGACCGUGCUGCCGGUGCAAGACUGCCGCGUCGUGAGCGACGAGGGCGACUUGUUGCCCCUCAAUGAGCAGGUGCUCUGCCUGGGACAUGCGCGCAAGAACGGCAUUUGCCGCGGCGACUUUGGCGGUCCCGCCGUAUAUGGUCAGCAGUUGGUGGGCCUGGCAGCCGAUACGCUGGGCGAGUGUGGCAGCAUGAUGCCCGAUCGCUUCAUCAGCAUAGCAGCCAAUUACGAGUGGAUCAUUGAAAAUAUGGAAUAAAACGUUCAGAGCUUGCAGCAACGAAA